GCGCCAGCUGGCAGCAAUGUUCUUUAAACUGAGCCUGCGCCCGAUAUCGCGCCGCAUUUAGCGUCAGAACGUAUGACGAAGUGGUUGACUGGCUUUCGAUUUUUGGCCGCUUGAAUGGCUUGAACGGUGCCUUGCUAAACUCGUGGCUAAAUCGUAUUAGCGCGCAAGCGUUUAGGUUUUGUUCACAACUCAAGCAGGAGCACAGCUGCCAGCCUGUUGCGCUGACGGAAAAAUUUCUGUGAACUUAUAGUGCAUUUAGUUUUUGUGUGAUGAGAAAUAUGCGAGUAUAGUGUUUAUAAAUAAUAUAUAAAUAAUAAUCGCAAGCAAAGUGCAACACUGGCUUUCGAACUGUGUUAAAUUUUUAAUUAAAAAAAUUAAAAAAUAAAAUAAACCAAAAUGUCACCUUAUUUAACUGUGUUUACAUUCGUGUUCAUAAUUAUUUGUGCAGCAUUGGCGCAAGCGAAAUUCUCGUAUGAACGCGGCAAUUGCGAUAUUUUAGUAUCGAGCGCCAUACGCGAGAUUUUAAUGAAUGAAAUGCGCGCACAGCUGGAUCCUGCAUGGCGUGCGUCGCGCACUAAACGCGUACGUUACGAGCUCUACACGCCACUGAAUCCCUAUAAGGCACAAAUGUUGCUGCCAGGUGAUGCUGAUGUGCUGCGUGCAUCCUACUUCAAUGCAAAGUGGCCGGUCAGAAUCUCCAUACACGGUUGGACCGGCAAGAGCACCUCCUGCUCGAAUGCAGCCAUCAAGGAUGCCUACUUAGCGGUGGGCAAUUUCAAUGUAAUAAUACUUGAUUGGAGUGCCAUUUCAAUGGACAUUAGCUAUGGACGUAUUAGUCGUCAAUUAUCCGAGAUCGCCACAAAUUUGUUAGAAUUCACACAUUUCUUACAUAGUGUAAGUGGCAUCCCCUACGAAACCAUUUAUUUGGUGGGUCAUAGCGCCGGCGCGCAUAUUGCCGGCCUAGCAGGCAAACUAUUGCGCCCGCAACGUUACGGUGUCAUCUAUGCACUCGACCCGGCCGGCCUGGUGCAGUUGUCACUCGGCGAAGACAAACGUUUGGCACCGAACGAUGCACUCUACACCGAAUCCAUACACACGGACACCACGCUGUUGGGCAAUCCGAGCACCAAACUCACACAUGCGGCAUUCUUCGUCAAUUGGGGUCUAGGCCAGCCACACUGUCCGAAUGCGACGGCAGCUGAAUUUGAUUUCGCAUGCGAUCAUUUUGCGGCCUUGUAUUACUUUGUGGAAUCGCUGCGACAGCCACGCGCCUUUGGUGCCACACUGUGCAGACGACGCGACAACGGUGGUGGCAGCAGUUAUGACAGCUUUAGUGGUACGCUGCUGGACCAAUUGGACUGUGGCUGCACAAAUGCUGUCAAGACAGGUGAAUGCCCGAUGACCGCGUUCAUGGGAGGUGAACCGGCUGUGCCAAAAAACGGCACCUUCUAUCUGAGCACACGUUCGAAACCACAACCAUUCGGCUACGGCGAAACAGUACGCAUUAGACGCGCUGUGCCGGGCAAAUUCUUGCACAGCAGUUUUCUGCAUAAUAAAUUCAUAGGCAAUAUGCUGGCCAAGUGGCAUAAAUGAGCGUAACUGUUGGGCAAUUAGUGGGCAAAGAUAGCGGCAGGCAAUUGAUUGCUAGUGAUAUAUACGACAUAUAUGCUAAAGGUGUUUGUGUGAUAGACUGAAAUUGUUAGUUUAUCGCACCAACAAUUAAGCGUUGAUUGCUCGCAAAAGAGGCAAAUGUACAAAUGUAUUAAUGUAUUACAAAAAGAUAAAAAAAAAUAACGGUAAAGAAUAUAAAGUAUAUAUUUAAGAAAUGUGCGCCAACUGAUUAUGGAUAAUUAAAUUGUUUAUUUAGUGAAGAUAACAGAUUUUAAUUGCUGAAAUUCCAUGCGUAUAAUUAUGUAACCUGCAUUUACACAUAAUUGAGGUUCUGUACUCAUACGUAUACGUAGGCAUUUAUGUAUAGAUUUUACAUUUACAUUUUCACAUUUUUAUCACACGAGUGCAAUAAUUAACCUUGAGUAUAAAACAAAAUGUUUAAGAACAAAACAUCUGAAACGCAGAUGUUGUUGUAAAUGUGUCUAAAAUAUAUUGCAAAUAAUAAUAGGUUUUAAGAUAA